AUGGAAUCCGUCGUGGUAGACGCCCAGCGUUUCGCCCUCAACGGCAAAGCCUUCUCGUACCGCUUCCACGCUGACGAGGCCUCGGGCGACCUCAUCUCCGACCACUUUGGCGGCCCUGUGACGGAACUCUUUGCCGGGCCCGCCGGCUCCAUCGGCGGCGGGUGGUCGAGCUGCGAGCACCUGCGGCGCGAGUUCCCCGACCUGGGCCGGGGCGAUUUCCGCUCGCCGGCCGUGCGCAUCACGCAGGCCGAGGGACACACCGUCAGCGCCUUCAAGUACGUCGCGCACGAGGUGUCGAGGGGCAAGCCAAGGCUGCCCGGGUUGCCGGCGACAUUCGGCACGCAAGACGAGGUCACCACGCUCGUGGUGCAAAUGUAUGAUUCCGUCUCUGCCCUGCAGGUUGACUUGCGGUACUCCGUCUUCGCCAAGCACGACGCUCUUGCGAGGAGCGCCACCGUCACCAACAAGAGCGACAAGCCGGUCGUGGUCGAGAAGCUGGCUAGCUUCAGCACCGACUUGCCGUACGACGACUACGACAUGCUCCAGCUUCGGGGGGAGUGGGUGAGGGAGUGCACGAGGACUCGGCGCAAGGUUGACUACGGAACGCAGGGUUUCGGCAGCACAACCGGAUACUCGUCUCAUUACAACAACCCAUUCCUAGCAUUGGUUCAGCCCGCAACGACCGAAUCUCAGGGCAAUGUCUGGGCGUUUUCCCUCAUCUACUCCGGCUCCUUCGGAGCUGAAGUCGAGAUGGGUCCUCGAGGCCUGACCCGCGUUCUGAUGGGCAUGAACCACCACCAGCUGGCCUGGCCCCUCCAGCCGGGAGAAUCCCUCACGUCGCCCGAAUGCGUCAGCAUCUUCUCUGCAGACGGCAUCGGAGACAUGUCCCGGAAGCUGCAUCGGCUGUACAGGGAGAAUCUCAUCAGGAGCCCCUUUGUAGACAAACCCCGCCCCGUGCUCCUCAACAGCUGGGAGGGCCUCUACUUUGAGUAUGACGAGCACACCAUUUACACACUGGCGCAGGAUGCCGCCAAGCUCGGCGUCAAGCUUCUCGUCCUCGACGACGGCUGGUUCGGCGUCAAGUACCCGCGCGUGGACGACGGCGCUGGCUUGGGCGACUGGGAACCGAACCCCUCGCGGUUCCCGCACGGCUUAAAGUCCAUAGCAGACAAGGUGAGGAGGCUCCCGGUGGCAAACUCGUCGUCGGGGCCGGACGGCCAGCCCAGCACCAUGCAGUUUGGCAUCUGGGUCGAGCCCGAGAUGGUCAACCCGCAGUCGGAGCUCUACGAGCGACACCCGGACUGGGUGCUCUGCGCGGGCGACUACCCCCGCACAGAAAGCCGCCAGCAGCUCGUGCUGAACCUGGCCUUGGGGCAAGUACAAGACUUCGUCAUCGACUCCGUCUCCAGGAUUCUCGCCUCGGCACCCAUCACGUACGUCAAGUGGGACAACAACAGAGGCAUGCACGAGACCCCGUCGCCGCGGAGCUACCACGCCUACAUGCUGGGCCUCUACCGCGUGCUGGACACCCUGACCGCGCGCUUCCCCCACGUCCUCUGGGAGGGGUGCGCCUCGGGCGGCGGCCGCUUCGACCCCGGCAUGCUGCACUACUUCCCGCAGAGCUGGACGUCGGACAACACCGACGCCCACGACCGGCUGGCCAUCCAGUUCGGCGCCUCGCUCGCGCACCCCGCGUCGUCCAUGGGCGCCCACGUCGGCGCCGUGCCCUACGGCCUGACCGGCCGCUCCACGAGCGUCUCCUUCCGGGCGCACGUCGCCAUGAUGGGCGGGUCGUUUGGGCUCGAGCUCGACCCGGCCCGCCUCCCGGACCGCGAGAGGCGCGAGCUCCCCGCGCUGAUUGCGCUGGCGGAAAAGGUCAACCCGGUCGUGGUCCGCGGCGACAUGUGGCGCCUCAGGCUGCCGGGCGAGUCCAACUUCCCCGCGGCGCUGUUCGUGUCCGAGGACGGGGGGGAGGCCGUGCUGUUCCUGUUCCAGGUCCGCAGCGCCCCCGUGCACAACUGCCCGAUCCUGCGUCUGCAGGGGCUGGACCCGGCGGCGCGGUACAGGGUCGACGGCGGACGGGUCUACUCGGGGGCGACGCUGAUGAACGGCGGCAUCGCCCACGAGUUCCAGGGGGACUAUGCCAGCAGGGUCAUGCUGCUGGAGAGGCUGUAG